CCUUGGGUGCAAUCCGUCCGCUCUGUGUCUGUCUCUUGAUAAGAUUUGAUAUUUUUGUGAAAAAACCCAUCCUCUUCUUCUUUUAUCUUCUUUUUUCCAUCUUUUGUUUUGUUACCCUUUUGUUGGUUUGUUUGUUUCUGUAAAGUUGAGAAAAAAGGGUAGAGCUUCAGACUUCAGAGUCCGUGGUUUGUCAGCUGAAACUGAGUGCUAGUACAGCAACAAUCUGGUUGGGUCAGUGGGGAUUUAGCCACAAGUUUCAAAUUUCAAAUUACUUGAACUAAUUGAGUGCUAUCAGCACUGCUGAGUACUCUCAGCACCAGAAGUAUUGGUGGUUGUUUUGGGAAUCAGUAUCAUGUCAACUGUGCAAGCACGCACUGGUAGACACAGGCAACGCUAUGAGAACAACUUACGCCUUGUUUCUGGAUGUAUUCCUUACAGACAGACCAAGAACCAUGAAGACCACAGCACUGAUUUGGAGAAGACAAUAGAAGUUCUCAUGAUUUCUUCACCCAAUCGCAAUGACCUAGUGUUUCCCAAGGGUGGAUGGGAGGAUGAUGAGACCGUUGAAGAAGCAGCAUGCCGUGAAGCCUUAGAGGAAGCAGGAGUGAAAGGAAUUCUUAAUGAAAAAUCCCUGGGUGUUUGGGAGUUCAGAAGCAAGAGCAGACAAGAAAACUGCUGUCUGGAAGGAGGGUGCAGAGGAUACAUGUUUGCAUUAAAGGUGACUGAGGAGCUUGAGACCUGGCCAGAGAAGGAAAACCAUGAUAGGAAAUGGCUAAGCAUAAAUGAGGCAUUUGAACUGUGCCGCUAUGAAUGGAUGCGUAGGGCACUUGAGGCGUUUUUGCAAGUCAUGGAAGAGGACCGAGAACUUGAGAGGAGGGAAGAGGUCUACUCCCAAACCCAACACCAGUCCUCGUUCCAGAUGUUGUGGCAGAGCGUCCAAUCAUGUCAGCCAAUUGCUAUAAGCCUUCCUGUAGCCAACACCGUGGCAUAUGCCCCAUAAGUGUGUAGUCCUGGCAUGCAUUCCUCUGAAGAGGUUGCCAUCAACAUGUUCCAUUGACAUCUUGCUCAGCCCCUUUAGUUUCUGUAAGUAGGGUCUUUACCUUUGGUGUUCGUGUAACUCCAAAUUUGAAAAAUGAACAAUGCCUUGAAUGAAAGACCGAUUUCUCUUCUCAGCCCCAA